AUGAAGACGUUUUUGCCUCAUAAUAGUGUCAGCAACAGUCGGCAGACGACCAUUGGCCUGCUUCUUGGGUCUCAUGUAACAGUCCCGGCGUCGAUACGUGCGAACUCCAGCAAGAAACUCCGUCCUUUGGGGCAAAAGGUCUUGGGGAACGCGCCAUACAGUACCACGGCACAGAGGCCCUUUGCUAUCACCGCACUUCGUCAAGCGUGCUCAAAGCAAGGGACUUGUGGACGGACAUGCUCGCACCAUAACUCGCCAGGCGCAAAGUUCAUUGUCUCUAGAGCUGGGAGUCGAGCUGAGUACGCCACCGAAGCCACCGUUGUCACCGGAGAACCUGAAAUCCACCCUGUCUUCCAAAAUCAGACCGGUACAUGGCAAUAUGUGGUCGCUGACCCAACCACUUCGACUGCUGUCAUCAUCGACCCAGCCUUGGACUAUGAUCCGGCCACACAGACCGCUAGCACUCAAUCGGCCGACUCAUUGCUCGCACUAGUCAAGGAGAAGGGCUACAAGGUCGACAUGAUUCUCGAAACGCACGCUCAUGCGGACCACCUCACCGCAGCAUCAUAUCUUCGCAAGCGGCUCGCUCAGGAGCAAGGUCAAGCACCGCACAUCAGCAUAGGGAAGCGCAUUGGACAGGUGCAGACAUUGUUCGGCCAGAGGUACGGCGUCACCGCCGAAGAGUAUGAGCGCGUAUUCGACAAGCUCUUUGACGACGACGAGACGUUUAGCAUUGGCGAGAUGAAAGCGCAGGCUAUCCACCUUCCUGGUCACACUCCUGACCAUCUGGGUUACAAGAUUGGAGAUAAUGUGUUUUGCGGUGACUCAAUUUUCCAUGCGGACAUUGGCACAGCACGUUGUGAUUUCCCAGGCGGUAGUGCGCAAGACCUUUACAACUCGUGCCAGAAGCUCCUUGGUCUUGGAGACGACGUAAAGAUCUGGACAGGUCAUGACUAUCCACCUGAAGGCCGUGAGGCCCCAAUACCAUGGAUGUCGGUCCGACAGCACAAGGAGUUGAACAAGCAUAUCAAGGAUGGUGUGACCAAAGAGGAGUUUGUGGCUCUACGGCAAGAGCGUGAUGCGAAGCUAGGAGAGCCGAAGCUCCUUCACCAAUCUUUGCAGAUGAAUAUUCGGGCGGGACACCUUCCCAAACCAACCGUGUUUGGGCAGCGGUUGCUUCAUCUUCCACUGAAGCUGAAGAGCAAGGAAUGGUAG